AGGCGGGCGGGGCGAGGCAAGCAGGCACCAACCAGGCAACUACCACGCCGCGGCCUCCUCCUCUCUUCGUCUCCCUCACGCCAAAGCCAUCCAGCGACUUUAACCUCCACCUCCUUGGGUUCGCCCGGCCGCAUCCACCUCCCCCAAACCCUAGCAACCCGAUCCAACCCCAACCCAAUCCGCCCGCCCAAAAAGUCAUGCGAGAUCACCCGACAUCCUAGCCCCCCAACCCUAGCAGAUCCAGAUAUGAGCAGCAGCCUGUCACCGCUCGACGCCUCGCCGGCGGCGGAGGUCCCCCUCGCCCCGGGCUUCCGCUUCCACCCCACCGACGAGGAGCUCGUCUCCUACUACCUCCGCCGCCGCGUCCUCGGCCGCCGCCUCCGCGUCGACGCCAUCGCCGAGGUCGACCUCUACCGCCUCGAGCCCUGGGACCUCCCCUCCCUCUCCCGCAUCCGGAGCCGCGACGCCCAGUGGUACUUCUUCGCGCGCCUCGACCGCAAGGUCGCCGGGGCCGGCGCCGGCGGCCGGGGAGGCCCGGGGAACAGGACCAACCGCGCCACGCCGCGGGGAUACUGGAAGACCACGGGAAAGGACCGCGAGGUCUACCACCGCGGGAAGGCCGUCGGGAUGAAGAAGACGCUCGUCUUCCACGCCGGCAGGGCGCCCAAGGGGGAGAGGAGCAACUGGGUCAUGCACGAGUACCGACUCCUUGACGCGGACGGGCCCCAGGAUCUGCACGUGGUGUGUAGAAUCUUCCAGAAGCAUGGUUCUGGACCACAGAAUGGAGCGCAGUAUGGUGCACCAUACAUGGAAGAGGAAUGGGAAGAAGAAGAUGAUGCUAUUGAGAAUGCACCAGCUAGUGGCACAUCUGCUGGAAUGGCUACAAACACAUGUACUGUAGAUGAGGAGUCGAAUGAGGAGGAUGAGAAUGGAUAUUGUAAAACCAAUGAGCUUGCUCAGGCCCAUGGAAUGCUCAGCUCACCAGAGAUGGCCCCUCUCAAAGAUCAAGGUUCCAAAGACACCAGUGAAGGAAGCUGUGCUGAUGGUGUUAUUUCUCUGGAGGAGAUUAUACAGGAACCUUUGUCAACUAUUAAUGCAGAGAAUAUAGGCAGAUCUGAAGGGCAGAAUGCCACUGAUGAUAACUUCAGUGUUGAUGACUUAUUAUCUGCAUGCCCCAGGAAAGAUAAUGACUAUGUAGGUCAGGAUGGCACUCUGAAUGGGAGUUACCCGGCAGAUGGCGAUUACAACACACAUUGGCCUUUGAGAGCAUAUAGCAAUCAGAACUAUGCCAAUGGAACUCUUAGUGCUGAGGAGUUCUUUGACACACAGAAUGAUAGCAAUGGGAAUACAUAUUCAGAGUACCAGCAGGCUGAUGGCUUUCCAGCACCUCACCAAGUGGAUGGCAGUAUGGUAUUUUACGAUGCUCCUUCUGAUUACAACUUGGUGGAUGGAAACGAUGAUUUCGUAUAUUUGAACGACCUCCUCAAUGAGCCACUUGGAAAUGAAUCACUCUUUGACGGAAAUGAUAUGAUGGCUUACUUUGAUGCCACGGAAAAUGAUUUCAAGUAUGACAUUUUGGGUUCUGCUCAGGGUUCAAAUUAUCAACUUGCUGACAUGCCAUCAGACUUUGCCCAAAAGGGUGAUAACAAGGACAAGUUUGCACUUGAUGGGAUCUCCAAGCCUUCGGAAGCAAAUGCUCAAUACGGUGCAUCUUCAUCUGGUUCCCACAAGGAUCUGUAUCCAGAUACUGCAGUACCAGAUGACACCGUUGAUAAAACUUUUGGAAAGCGCCUUGCCAGCAUGUUGGGCUCUAUCCCGGCUCCACCUGCAAUGGCAUCAGAACCGUCAGCGGCCGGAAAAUCUGUUGGCGCGCUCUCGGCUGUCAGCCCGAGCUCGAUUCGUGUUACUGCUGGCAUCAUCCAACUCGAUGGCCUCACUUUUACUGGUGUCUCUGAGCGGUGGCCCCUUCAGAAGAAUGGAGACUUCAGUUUGCUUCUGUCUUUCACCGUGGAGAGUGAUGUGUUGUCCAAGCCUGUUGGUUUUGAGCAGGCUACACGGAUGAGCACCAUCCCGAUGGUGCUGCGCAGUGGCAUGUAUCUUUUCUUUGUAUCAGCCAUGAUACUUCUGUUGAGCUACAAAGUAGGGUCGUGUAUCUGCAGCAGGUAAGUUAAUGUGGCCCCGUUCCGUCCGAGGGCUGUUACAUUUGAUUUGGAACGUGUCCCCUCAACGAGGGUAUAACAAUGGAGACAGUUUGUCUUUACACAUUUAGCUUGCAAACCAUUCUGACUUGUUAAACAUGUACUGAAAAUAAACUUCCGAUGGUAGCGAUGGUUUGUGCUGAGACCAUGUGCUUCGUCGGGGAGGGACACAGCAGUGUAUCUAUUUUUGCUUCCUUUUUUCUUUUGUUACAUUGGGAACUAGGGCGGUAGGGCCCCUUGUAUCGUUGUAACCAUGCAAAAGAAAUCAACUGGUUGACAUUAUUAUUAUUUACACUAUUUGC